ACCGGAACAAGUAUUCUCGUCCGGUCUUCGGUUCCAUUCUGUAGUCAAACAUCAGUCCCUCCAGAUUUCUUCUUCCAGGACUCACAAGCUGCAGGUUUCAGCUCACAUCCCCGCAUUUAAAGAUGCCUUUUAUCGACCUCCAGACCAAUUUACCUUCCGGCUCGUUUUCUGAGGACUUUUUGAAGAAGUUUUGUUCCGUCACGGCGGCGGCUCUGGGCAAACCGGAGAACAGAAUGAAUCUGGUGGUGAGUCCCGGGCUGCCCAUGCUGAUCGGCGGUUCCUGCUCUCCGUGUGUGGUGCUGACGGUGUCGGCCAUCUCAGUGACCGACACCGCGGAGAAGAACAAGGAGCACAGCGCCAAGAUCUUUGAGUUCCUGACCAGAGAACUGGGUCUGGCAGAGGACAGGAUUGUGAUCCAGUUCCACGCACUGCAGCCUCACCAGGUUGGGAAGAACAGAACUGUCAUGAGCUUCCUGUGAAGAACUCGCCAUUCCAAAACAAGAACUGAAACUAAUUUCAAUAAUUCAUCCUGGGUUUUUUUAUUAUUAUUCUAAUCCUGGUUUAUUGUUUGCUGCUGAAAGAAAAAGAUUUAAGAGCCGUUCAUGUUUCUCAAACUACAUUCAAAGAUGGACAUGAAGAAAAACA